GGGGCCUAGGAGCUGUGGGAGGAGCCGGCGGCCUCACCGUGGUAACCGCAGCGCCGCCACCGUUGCCUCGCCUUGCAGGCCUUGGGACUGUCAUCCCCUUUGGGUGUGGGGAUUCUUUGGCCACCGUCCCCGGAAAUAACUCCGCCGUCCUUCUCAGAUACCCCCAUCCUCCCCACGCCGCCGCCGCCGCCGCCAUGCAAGGGGAGGACGCCAGAUACCUCAAAAGGAAAGUUAAAGGAGGAAAUAUUGAUGUACAUCCAUCAGAAAAAGCACUCAUUGUUCAGUAUGAAGUGGAAGCUACCAUUCUUGGAGAAAUGGGUGAUCCCAUGUUGGGAGAACGAAAGGAAUGCCAAAAGAUCAUUCGGCUUAAGAGUCUCAAUGCCAACACGGAUAUAACUUCCCUGGCCCGGAAGGUGGUGGAAGAAUGUAAACUUAUCCAUCCCUCAAAACUAAAUGAGGUAGAACAGCUGUUGUACUACCUACAGAACCGCCGUGAUUCAUUGUCAGGAAAAGAAAAAAAGGAAAAAUCAAGCAAGCCUAAAGAUCCACCUCCUUUUGAAGGAAUGGAGAUUGAUGAAGUGGCUAACAUCAAUGACAUGGACGAAUACAUAGAGUUACUAUAUGAAGAUAUUCCUGACAAAGUUCGGGGUUCUGCUUUGAUCUUGCAACUUGCUCGAAAUCCUGAUAACUUGGAAGAACUACUACUGAAUGAAACUGCCCUUGGUGCAUUAGCAAGAGUCCUAAGAGAAGACUGGAAACAAAGUGUUGAGUUAGCUACAAACAUAAUUUACAUCUUUUUUUGCUUUUCCAGCUUUUCUCAGUUCCAUGGACUUAUCACUCACUAUAAAAUUGGAGCUCUGUGUAUGAAUAUCAUUGAUCAUGAGUUAAAAAGGCAUGAGCUUUGGCAAGAAGAACUCUCUAAGAAGAAGAAAGCUGUUGAUGAAGACCCUGAAAACCAAACCUUGAGAAAAGAUUAUGAAAAAACCUUUAAAAAAUACCAGGGGCUUGUGGUAAAACAGGAACAGCUCUUACGAGUUGCUCUUUAUCUACUUCUGAAUCUUGCCGAGGAUACACGUACAGAACUGAAGAUGAGGAACAAGAACAUAGUUCAUAUGCUGGUGAAAGCUCUUGAUCGGGACAAUUUUGAGCUACUUAUUCUAGUUGUGUCAUUCUUGAAGAAACUCAGCAUUUUUAUGGAGAAUAAAAAUGAUAUGGUGGAAAUGGACAUUGUUGAAAAACUGGUAAAAAUGAUACCCUGUGAACAUGAAGAUUUGCUGAAUAUCACCCUCCGACUUUUACUCAACUUAUCCUUCGACACAGGACUGAGGAAUAAGAUGGUACAGGUUGGACUGCUACCCAAACUCACCGCACUCCUAGGUAAUGAAAACUACAAACAAAUAGCAAUGUGUGUUCUUUACCACAUUAGCAUGGAUGAUCGCUUUAAAUCAAUGUUUGCAUACACUGACUGUAUACCACAGUUAAUGAAGAUGCUGUUUGAAUGUUCAGAUGAACGAAUUGACUUGGAACUCAUUUCUUUCUGCAUUAAUCUUGCUGCUAACAAAAGGAAUGUACAGCUUAUCUGUGAAGGAAAUGGGCUGAAGAUGCUCAUGAAGAGGGCUCUGAAGUUUAAGGAUCCAUUGCUGAUGAAAAUGAUUAGGAACAUUUCCCAGCAUGAUGGACCAACGAAAAAUUUAUUUAUUGAUUAUGUUGGGGACCUUGCAGCCCAGAUCUCUAAUGAUGAGGAAGAGGAGUUUGUGAUUGAAUGUUUGGGAACUCUUGCAAAUUUGACCAUUCCAGACUUAGACUGGGAAUUGGUUCUUAAGGAGUACAAGUUGGUCCCAUACCUCAAGGAUAAACUAAAACCAGGUGCUGCAGAAGAUGACCUUGUUUUAGAAGUGGUUAUAAUGAUUGGAACUGUAUCUAUGGAUGACUCUUGUGCUGCGUUGCUAGCCAAAUCUGGGAUAAUCCCUGCACUCAUUGAAUUGCUAAAUGCUCAACAAGAAGAUGAUGAAUUUGUGUGUCAGAUAAUUUAUGUCUUCUACCAGAUGGUUUUUCACCAAGCCACAAGAGAUGUCAUAAUCAAGGAAACACAGGCUCCAGCGUAUCUUAUAGAUCUGAUGCAUGAUAAAAAUAAUGAAAUCCGAAAGGUCUGUGAUAAUACAUUAGAUAUUAUAGCGGAAUAUGAUGAAGAAUGGGCUAAGAAAAUUCAGAGUGAGAAGUUUCGCUGGCAUAACUCUCAGUGGCUGGAGAUGGUAGAGAGCCGUCAGAUGGACGAGAGUGAGCAGUACUUGUAUGGUGAUGAUCGAAUUGAGCCAUAUAUCCAUGAAGGAGAUAUUCUCGAAAGACCUGACCUUUUCUAUAACUCAGAUGGAUUAAUUGCCUCUGAAGGAGCCAUAAGUCCAGAUUUCUUCAAUGAUUAUCAUCUUCAAAAUGGAGAUGUAGUUGGGCAGCAUUCAUUUCCUAGCAGCCUUGGAAUGGAUGGCUUUGGCCAGUCAGUUGGCCUUCUCGGACGGCCUGCCACAGCUUAUGGAUUCCGCCCUGAUGAACCUUACUUCUAUGGCUUCGGGACUCGAUAAAGUCACCCCUUUUCCACGUGUACUCUCCACUUAGAAGAAAUCUGUGUGGGUUGGGCUAACUUUGAAUCUUGGCUAAUAAUGCAUGUUGAUAUUAUUGUGGGUCUGUGUUUAUUUUUUCCAUGUUGGUAGCUACAAAUUAACUCUGACUCCUCUGUCCUCUGUUAAGUACUGUUGAUGUUUGACACUGUUCACUCAUCAAGCCACCUCUCGAUUGCUGAAUAACAUUGCCCAUGUUAUUCAAAGAGACGCAAAAGAAAAUCCUGAAAAGCAACUAGACUGGAAAACAAACACUGCAUUAUGUACAUGAAGUGACUAAUUUAAUUUCUAUUAAAAAGAAGGAUAAAGUACAAAUGAAUUAGCAAAA